AUGACAGACAAAUCAAGUGCACAGAAAAGCGUCAAGAUAGCCGCAGGCGCCGUAGUUUGUGUCGAAAGUGAAAUCAGAGGAGAUGUUACGAUUGGCCCGAGAACAGUGGUCCACCCCAAAGCUCGUAUUAUUGCAGAGGCAGGACCCAUCGUGAUAGGAGAGGGCAACUUGAUCGAGGAGCAAGCUCUCAUCAAAAACUGUUACCCAGAAAACAUCACACCAGACACUCAGAUGGAACCAAAAACGAUGACAAUUGGUAUCAACAAUGUGUUUGAAGUCGGCUGUGUGUCACAAGCCCUAAAAAUCGGCGACAACAACGUGAUAGAAUCUAAAGCGGAUGUCGGGCGGAAUGUGAUCCUCACCAGCGGCUGCAUCAUUGGAGCCUUCUGUCAGGUCAACACCUGCGAGGUCAUACCCGAAAACACUGUCAUCUAUGGCUCUGGGUGCAUGAGGAGGGUCCAGACGGAGAGACCGCAGCCACAGACUCUUCAGCUCGACUUUCUGAUGAAGAUUUUGCCCAACUACCACCAUCUGAAGAAGACCGUCAAGCCAGGCCAAGCGACCAGUUGA